UGAGUGCUGUGAGUAUUCCGCCGAAAAGGGAAGCUCAUAUUGAUUUUAUAAGUACAACGCGCUUGAGUGGAUUGUCAGCUACGAGGACUGGCGUUGGCACCAACAGGAAGGGCUCUUCUUUCUCCAAGAUACUCUACGCGACUUGAUGAGCGGCAGGCUUUUCCUCAAAGUCUCUGCUAACACAAUCUUUGACGAUGAUCUCUGGGACACGCUUGGUGUCCAGGGGAUGGUCGCCAAGGAUGCUGCCGAAUGCGAUAUAAUAGACUUUGGUGGCACAUUGGAGAUAGUGCUGCUCAAGGCAGAACCUAGUGAUGCCCAUUCCCAGAUUGGUUCCAGCGACACCAUCCACCAAGCUGUUCCAAGCUCUAACCAAGUUGUUCAAAGCUCUAUCCAAGCUGUUGUAACUGCAAAUGUGGACUUGGUAAGUGUUAUGCUUUUUAUUACUUCUCCUUGUGUUCACGUAAACAAAGAAAAUAAGGUGGCACCCAAGGUGCAAAGUGUUCGAUGUGGAGACAAAGAGUUUACUUCCAAUAUCUGUCCAACUGCGAAUGACUUAAUUAUUUGGGCUACCCAUGCAUCCAUUUGCAUGUUUCUAGGGAACUUUAACAAAGCUUCAGUCUUUGAAUCUUUUAGAUGCAAAUUGUGUACAUGA